AUGGGUGCACUUUGGCUCGAUCUGACGCCAAUUUUGGUACCAUUUCGUCCGCCAGACCCGAUCAUAAACGUCCCUCUUGCCAGACGAUCUACUUCCGGCCGGUCAGACUGUCUCGUGUUAGCAUGCCAGUGCGUCACUAUGACAGCGCUCUUCCAAAACGAGCAACAAGCCCUCAGAGGCAAGUGCACUUUCACGUCUCCAACUGGACAACUAAAUCCCGGUCGGCAAGACGAUGAUGGGACACGAGCAAGCACUGGAAAAAACCGGCGCGAAGGCAAAAGAUUAAAGCAAAGAUGUGAAAGGGCUUGGAGAUUAUGGGGACCAUUUGUUGGCGAACAGGUUGAGGGGCUGUCCCGAAGGAGGGAUCGAGUGAAAGACAGAGAGGGAGAAAAAGAGAGAAAGAGGGAGGGAGAGGCUCAAGUGCAGGUUAGGGAGUUAAAAGUUGUAGCGGUGGUGACGGAGAUGCCGACAGUGAGGCUGAGAGUGCCGUUUGAAGGAGCCAGGCCCUGGAAGCCUCUUUUUGGGACAACAUGGUGGCUCAAUAAGAAAGAUUUUAUUCUCUUUGAGAUAAAUGUUCCUUUUGAGACGGCAAAGAUAUUUUUCCUGAUAUUAUCAAUGGCGGGAAAUAUGGUCCUUCUGCGGCUCUCUUCAACGGGGGGCUGGCCGAAAGGUAUGACUUGGCUUAACAACCUGUAA